AUGACAUCAUCAUCCUCAAAGAUAUCCUCACAAGUUAGUACUUUUGAAAAAAGAGCUAAAAUAAAAAAUGGAUCAAAUAAUAAAAAAAUAUCUUCAGAGAAUUUAUUAAAAUCAAUUUCUACUUUACCAAAAAUAGAUAUAAAUAAUAAAAAAGCAAAAAAUAAUGAUAUUAUAAAACAAUGGGGUAGAGCUGAGAGACGCUUAACACUUGUAUCAUUUCCUAAAAUUUGGAAUGAACGAAAAAAAAGAAAUAAAAUAGAGGAAGAGACACAAGCAUAUGAAGAACGUCAAAAAAAAUUUAUAAAAUCAUUUGAAAAUAUUCCUGAAUCAAAUAUUAUUAUAGAUAACUCAAAUAAUUAUUUUAAUAUUUUUUUUCCAUUAAAUUUUAUUUCUAAUGAGUGUAUUAUUGAAUCAUCUACCAAUGAAUUGUCAUCUUCUGAAAAUUGUAUAGAUUCUAAAAACUAUAUGACAUCAUUUCAAGAAUUUUAUAAUAUUUAUAAAAUAAUAGAAAAUAAGCGUGACCAAUUUUUUGAUAAUUAUAAUAUUAAUAUUAUUAGAAGAAGACAAUUAUUAGAAUUACAAAAAAAAAUUAAAAAAAAUGAAACUAUAACAAAAACAUUUUUGGAUAUUGAAAAUAAUCUUAAUGAAGAAGAAUUAAUAAAUAAUUUUAAUAUAAUGACUAACCAAUUUGCAGCAUUAACAUUUAAAUUGUGCCAUUUUGCAUCAAUAAAAGAAAAAAAUAAUAUUAAAAGUAUAACGAAAGAUAAUUGGAUUAUUAAAAAUGUUAUAAAUAUUGAAAACGAAAGUGAAAAAGAAAUUGAUUUGCAAUUAAGAGAUGUAGACUAUCAAAUAAAUGAGAUAAAUAAUGACAUAAACAAAAUAAUAAAAUUAUUAAAUGAAUAA